CCCGGGAGAGGAAGGGCGGGCGGAGCCGCCGGUCGCGCAGGUGCCGCGGGGGCGGUGAGGGGGGCCCGGGCCGGGGCCGGGCUCGGCCUCGGCGGCGGAGCGGGGCCCGGGGCGGCGGAGCUCCAAGAAGCACCAGAGCGAAGGCGGGAGCAGCCGGGCCUCGGGAGAAGGUCCGGACGCCGCUUGUUGGAUGGCCCAGCCUCACGUGCAGUGUUUCUGAAGGACUGCGAGCCAUGGUUUUGGAAGAUCCUUUUCUGAAUGAGUCCCUUGAGCGUGGAAGCCCACCCGCCUCCCCGGUGUAGCUUGGACAGCGUCCGAAGGCAGAGCAGAUGAGGGGCCCUGAGGAGCCUGCCGCGUGAGAGGGACGGGCGCACCGCUUCAGCCAAGGUUUGGAAGCUCUGGCCAUGGAUCAGAAAGGCUAUCGACGGGGGAGCUUCCAGAGCAGCACUAGUGAUGAAGAUAUGCUGGAAAUAGCAGGAGCAUCUCUGGACUUCUCCAUGGCAGAUGAUGACCCGCCACUUGACAGGGAGAUGGGAGGGUUUUCCUCAUAUAAUGGAGGAGGGAUGAACGGCACAAGCACAAUGAUGGAUUUCCUGGAGGAACCUCUUCCUGGUGUGGGCACCUACGAAGAUUUUAACACUAUAGAUUGGGUGCGAGAGAAAUCCAGGGACCGGGACAGGCACAGAGAGAUCACCAGUAGAAGUAAAGAGUCCACGUGGGCACUGCUGCACAGCGUGAGCGAUGCCUUUUCUGGCUGGUUGUUGAUGCUUCUCAUUGGGCUGUUGGCAGGUUCCUUAGCAGGCCUGAUAGACAUCUCUGCCCACUGGAUGACAGAUUUGAAGGAAGGAGUGUGUUUAGCAGGCUUCUGGUUUAACCAUGAGCACUGCUGCUGGAAAUACAACACAACCUUCACGGACAGAGACAAGUGCCCCGAGUGGAAGAGCUGGUCCCAGCUGAUCCUUGGCCAUGGAGAGGGGGCUUUUGCAUAUAUUCUCAACUACUUGAUGUACGUUAUCUGGGCCUUGUUAUUCUCCCUUCUUGCUGUGUUACUUGUGAAAGGCUUUGCUCCUUAUGCCUGCGGCUCAGGGAUCCCAGAGAUCAAAACUAUCUUAAGUGGUUUCAUCAUUAGAGGCUACCUGGGCAAGUGGACGCUGAUCAUCAAAACCAUCACCUUAGUGUUGGCGGUGUCCUCUGGGCUGAGCCUGGGCAAAGAGGGGCCCCUGGUGCACGUCGCCUGCUGCUGUGGGAACAUCUUGUGUCACCUCUUCACCAAAUACAGGAAGAACGAAGCGAAGCGCAGAGAGGUUUUAUCAGCAGCUGCAGCUGCUGGUGUGUCUGUAGCUUUUGGUGCACCGAUCGGAGGAGUGCUCUUUAGUCUGGAAGAGGUCAGUUACUACUUUCCUCUCAAGACACUGUGGCGCUCCUUCUUCGCUGCUCUGGUCGCUGCAUUCACCCUGCGCUCCAUCAACCCUUUUGGGAACAGCCGCCUGGUUCUCUUCUAUGUGGAGUUCCACAUGCCGUGGCAUCUUCUGGAGCUUGUGCCAUUCAUCCUUUUGGGAAUAUUUGGUGGGCUCUGGGGAGCUUUCUUCAUUCGCAGCAACAUCGCCUGGUGCAGGCGACGCAAGACGACCAAGCUUGGCAAAUACCCUGUGCUGGAGGUGUUUGUAGUGACCGCGAUCACAGCCAUUCUGGCCUUCCCCAACGAGUACACCAGAAUGAGCACCAGCGAGCUGAUUUCUGAGCUCUUCAACGACUGUGGGAUUUUGGACUCCUCCAAGCUCUGCGAGUAUGUGAAUGAUUUCAACAGCACCAAAGGGGAUGACCUGCCAGACCGAGCUGCUGGCCCAGGAGUUUACACAGCCAUGUGGCAGCUGGCUUUGGCCCUCGUAAUGAAAGUCUUCAUCACGAUCUUCACCUUUGGCAUGAAGGUGCCGUCGGGUCUCUUCAUCCCCAGCAUGGCGGUGGGUGCUAUAGCAGGCAGAUUGCUGGGAGUAGCCGUGGAGCAGCUGGCCUAUUACCACCACGACUGGGCCAUCUUCAGCGGCUGGUGCAGCCAAGGAGCUGACUGCAUCACCCCUGGCCUCUAUGCGAUGGUCGGGGCUGCAGCGUGUCUAGGUGGGGUGACCCGAAUGACUGUGUCACUAGUGGUCAUUAUGUUUGAGCUCACCGGUGGGCUGGAAUACAUCGUUCCUCUGAUGGCAGCAGCCAUGACCAGCAAGUGGGUGGCUGACGCUAUUGGGCGGGAAGGCAUUUACGAUGCCCACAUUCGCCUCAACGGAUACCCUUUCUUGGAAGCCAAGGAAGAGUUCUCACACAAGACGCUUGCGAUGGACGUAAUGAGGCCACGGAGGAACGAUCCUCCGCUGACUGUCAUCACUCAGGGCAGCAUGACCGUAGAAGAUGUUGAGAGCAUCAUCAAUGAAACCACGUACAGCGGCUAUCCAGUGGUGGUGUCACGGGAGUCCCAACGGCUUGUUGGAUUUGUCCUCAGGAGAGACCUCAUCAUUUCAAUUGAAAAUGCCCGGAAGAAGCAGGAUGGGAUCGUGAGCACUUCCAUUAUUUAUUUCACUGACCACUCUCCUCCGCUGCCUCCAAGCUCCCCCUCCAUGCUAAAACUCAGGAGCAUCCUGGACCUCAGUCCUUUCACCGUGACAGACCAAACCCCUAUGGAAAUCGUCGUGGAUAUAUUCCGCAAGCUGGGAUUGCGCCAGUGCCUGGUUACUCACAACGGGAAGCUACUCGGGAUCAUCACCAAGAAGGAUGUAUUAAAGCACAUCGCACAGCUGGCUAACCAGGACCCAGAUUCUAUACUCUUCAAUUAAAGGCAGACUCGUAGGUAUUGUGUGUUCAACACAAGAGGAACUUUAUAGAAGAUCCUGGAUAUACUUCUCCGUUUUUAUUGAGACCAUGGAACUGUUUUCAGCGUUUCCUUCCACGGAGCUGAAGAUAAUUUUUUUUCUAUCAGAUAACCAAUUGCACUACAUAAUCUGUGGAACAUAAUCUUCUUUUUAGAAGAAAAAAGACUUUAUUUACGUUGCUUUUGUGAAGUUGCAUUGGAAAGAUUCCAUGAAGGAGUAAAAGCAAAAUGCUAAAGAA